AUGUCCGCCUUAAGAAUUUUGGUACCCGUAAAGAGGGUUAUCGACUAUGCCGUCAAACCCCGCGUCAACAAAGCCCAAACGGCCGUCGAGACCAAUGGCGUUAAACACAGCAUGAACCCAUUCGACGAGCUCUCAAUUGAAGAAUCCGUACGAAUCCGCGAGAAGAAAACUGCACCAGGUGGCGUGGAAGAAAUCGUUGCAUUUUCCGCCGGACCAACAAAAUCGCAAGAUAUUUUGCGCACAGCCAUGGCUAUGGGCGCCGACCGCAGUUUACUAGUUGAGAUAAAGGAUGGGGAAGAACUGGAACCAUUGGGAGUGGCGAAGCUUUUACAAAAGGUUGUGGAGAAGGAGAAGAGCAAUUUGGUGUUUUUGGGGAAACAGAGUAUUGAUGACGAUGCGGGGCAGACGGGACAGAUGUUAGCGGGGUUGUUGGGAUGGAGUCAGGCGACACAGGCGAGUAAGGUGGAGUUUAAGGAAGGGGAUAUAGUGGAGGUCACGAAGGAGGUGGAUGGAGGAACGGAUGUUGUUAGGGCCAAAUUGCCCAUGGUUAUUACGACGGAUUUGAGAUUGAAUGAACCGAGAUAUGCGAGCUUGCAGAGUAUCAUGAAAGCAAAGAAGAAGAAGUUAGAGAAAUCUACUUUAGGUGAUUGGGGCGUGGAUGGCGCUAGAAGGUUAAAGACCUUGAAGGUUAUCGAACCACCGCCAAGACAAGGAGGCGGUAAAGUCGACGAUGUAGAUGGAAUGAUCUCCAAACUGAAGGAAUUGGGCGCAAUAUAA